CUCCUACGUCUGUUAUUAAGUCUGUCUGUGUCUCUGUUUAUCUCUUGUUAUUGUAAGUCAGUACAAGGACGCUGGACAACUGUUAAAACGCUUGAAAGUGAAGAAAACCAGGAAGACGGCUGACCCCAACGUGUGUUUGUGUGGUUUAAGUGUCUCUGUAGUGACAUAAAGACCAUCUACCAUAGAAAUCACAAGUACAAUAUCAUCGUAUAAGUGACCGAGAGCUGGAUACAAGAUGAUGGGGCACUUAUUUUGUAUGAACCAUCUCAGAGGUACAGACAGACAAGUGCAUAGGAAAUGUCUCUCCCUGUUAAACUGGAACUGCAAAUCAAAAGCAAAAUUAAGUGAACGAACUCCUACGUCAAUACAAAACUUCUGUACUCACAAAACGUUGACUCCUAGUAUAUAUUUAAACGUUUUAACCAUUAAUAAACCACUAUUCAGAAAUACAUGGAAAUCAGAUAUUAGAAAUUUACUAAGAAGAAAAGAUUACACGAGCAAAGAUCUUAUUUGUAAUAGGUAUUCAACAAGUGCUCCUGACGACCUAUCACUUGCAAAUGAAAAAGUCCAGGAGUAUUUGACUGUGCUCAGAGCCAGGUAUAAGGCAGCCAUGGAGCACACAGACGACACCAACGUGAAGACAGCGAGGACCUUACAGCCAGUGAUGCAUAUACUGGAGGCGAUAGAGAAGACACAAUCAGACAUUAAGGAGCUGCAGUCUCUAGCAAAAGAUUCCAAGGGGGAUGAGGAGUUAUGGAAGCUGGCCAACCUUGACCUACAGGAAGCAGAAUCUACCUUGCAGGACCUAGAGGAGGAGUUUUUCAGCUCUUUAGUUCCGGAGGAGCCAGUUGACAAUACUGACGUCAUUUUAGAAGUGAGCGCCGGAGUGGGAGGUCAGGAGGCAAUGCUCUUUAGCCAAGAAAUAUUUGAGAUGUACCAAGGUUAUGCUGCCUUUAUGGGGUGGCAGAGUGAGACAACUGACUAUGAGACCACAGAUAUUGGUGGUCUGCGACGAGGUAUAGCAAACAUCAGCGGGGAGUCGGUCUACCAGCUCCUAAAAUAUGAAGGAGGUAUUCACCGCGUCCAGAGGGUACCCAAGACUGAGAAGGCGGGCCGUAUCCACACCUCCACCGUCUCAGUAGCUGUCAUGGCUCAGCCGUCGGAAAUCGACAUACAAAUAUUAGACAAGGACGUGAAGAUUGAGACCAAACGGGCAAGUGGUGCCGGGGGACAACAUGUCAACACCACCGACAGUGCUGUUAGAAUGAUUCACCUUCCUACAGGAAUAUCUGUGGAGAGCCAGAAAGAACGUUCUCAACACCUAAAUAAGGAUCAGUGUUUGAAGAAGCUGAGAGCCUUACUGUAUCAGCAGGAGCUUGACCACAACAUCAACCAGUACACCUCUAACAGGAGACUCCAGGUUGGGACCAGAAGCCGCUCGGAAAAAAUUCGUACAUAUAAUUACCCUCAGGACAGAGUUACCGAUCACAGGGUAGGAGUGUCAGUACAUAAUCUGUCGUCAUUCCUCGAUGGAAUGGAGAGCCUCCACUCCCUCAUUUGUCAACUUGUGGAGGAAGGGAAAAAGGAAACUCUUCAGGAGAUAAUCAGUGGUGCUAGAGGCUGACGAUUCUCAUCACCAGCAUCCAGGACAUAAGUCUAGCUGGCAUCCUCCUACACAACAAGCAGCCAGACUAAUGAGAGAUUUUCUUUCUACAGCUUCAUGAGAGGUGACCUGAGCCGGCUUAUUCUCUCUGUCUCAUUACUUCACCCGAGGACAUCAUCAUCCCCUGCGUAUCUCCAACACGGUUGCUUUUUCUUGUGAGCAAAAUAAACUCAUGUUAACUAUAA